AAAUUGUUAAAAAUUAAUGAGUUCGAGAGUUUGAUGGCGGCUAUGCUGCAGUGCUGUGCAAAAUCUGGGCCAAUAGAUGUAGUACCACCCAGCAUCAGAAACUGAGAAAAAAAACCAAAACAAUCUAAGGAAGAAAUAAACAACAAGAGCCCAAAAAGAACUAAACUGCACAGACUGCACUUCUGAGGACUAGGAAACUCCCAAGGAAACUAAACAACCAUGUCAGCUGUAAAGAAGUUGAACAGUCCUCAGUGGAAGAAUUUCCAGCCGUCCACACAAGAUCCUGCAAUAGUGUCAUUUCAAAGAGCCGCAGCACCAGUGAUCAGUUCACAUAUCAACAACAAUGGAGUAGGGAGAGAAACAGGAUUUAUUGAGAAGCUUUUGCAUUCCUAUGGAUUUAUUCAGUGUUGUGAAAGGGAUUCACGACUCUUCUUUCAUUUUAGUGAAUAUGGAGAUGAUAUAAACUUGGUUAAAAUUGGAGACCCAGUAGAGUUCCAAAUGACCUAUGACCGUAGGACUGGUAAACCAGUAGCAAGCCAUAUUGUAUUGUUAAACUCUGGAAGCCAAUCUUAUGAAGUGUUGAGUGAGGAGAAGUUUACAGGAUCUAUUGCACAGGAAGCCAAGCCAACAAAGAACAAAAAUGGUUAUGCUUUAUCAGAAGAUAGCCUUGGGAGGGUAACUUACCAACAUAAUGGAGAAGUUUUCUUUUUACCGUAUGGAUCUGAUGAUGUUAUUGAUAAGACUUUUAAACCAAUAGCCCAAGAUCAAGUCCAGUUUUAUAUAGCAACUGAUAAAAGGAAUGGUAACUUACAUGCAAGACAGAUUGAACCAGUCAGUUGUAAAGUACAAGGAGUUGUCUGCUCUUUAAAAGAUUCUUUUGGUUUUAUCGAACGAGCUGAUGUGGUCAAGGAGAUCUUUUUCCACUACAGUGAAUAUAAAGGAGAUAUCAACAAACUAAAUCUAGGGGAUGAUGUUGAGUUUGAUGUUCAAAGUAGAAAUACAAAGGAAGUCGCAGUAAAUAUUCAAAGUUUACCCAUUGGAACUGUUAUAUUUGAGGACAUAAGUGUCAACAAAAUACAAGGCUCAGUCCAGAGAACUCUUAAAAAUAGUCGUCGACAAAGUGAUCCUCUGGGAGGACGAAUCUCUUAUGAAUCUGCCAAGGGAGCUGUAGAAAUUCCAUUUGGUGACAAGGAUCAGGGUGGUGACUAUACCUUGUUGUCAGGUGACGUUGUAGAAUGUAACAUUGCUACUGACCGUCGAGAUAAACUUCAGCGAGCAACAAAUAUCAAACUUCUGGAUGAAUCAUUUACUGCCAAUAAAGAGAACAGGGAAACAGGUGUAAUUACAAAUUUAAAAGAUGGAUAUGGAUUUAUACAAUGUACGGAGCGAGAAGCAAGGAUGUUUUUCCACUUCAGUGAAUUACUGGAUCCAAAAAAAGAAGUCAAAACUAACGAAGAAGUAGAAUUUACAGUAACACAGGAUCCUUCAGCAUCAAAUGGUAACAAACUUAUGGCUAUCAGAAUCAAAUAUUUAUCUAAAGGAAGUGUAUCAUUUCUAGUCAUCCAUCCAGAAAAAUACAUUGGAACUGUGGAUAAGGAACCCAACGCCCAUAAAAGUCCAGGUAAAAUAAAAGAAGCUGAAACUGGAAUUAUAAUAUUUGAUUUUGAUGAAAAAAUUCAGAAAAUUUCUUACACAAUCAAAGAUGUCUUGGAACUGAAAAAUGCUCCCAGAUAUGGAGAUAAGGUGGAAUUCAAUCUCGGCGAAGUAAAAUCAACUAAAACAAGAACCGGUGUAAACGUUAGAGUGGUUUUACGUAACCUCAACAACAAGUGUCAGGGAUUUGUGGCCACAUUGAAAGAUAAUUACGGAUUUAUUGAAAACUCUGAUCAUGAAAAGGAAGUCUUCUUUCACUUUAGCUCAUAUGAAGGUGAUCCAAAUGACCUUGAUCUUGGAGAUGAAGUGGAAUAUACACUCUGCAGAAAAAGUGCCAAACACAGUGCUGAAAAUAUACACAAACUGCCAAAAGGAACCAUUCCAACGGAGGAAAUUCUUCGUGAUAAAGGCCAACAGCAGGGGAAAGUAUUGCGACCAAUGAGAAUUGUCAAUCCUGAUCAAGAAGAAUACUGUGGACUUGUACAACCUUUCAAUGUUGAAGAAGACACAGAGCCUGAGGUUUAUCCCUAUGGAAUAACAAGUCUUGCAGAUAAACGGGAUUUUCUACAGAAAGGGGAUUCUGUCAAGUUUAACCUGGCUUUGAACAAGUCAAAUAAUCAAACUAGAGCAGUUAACAUAAGUGCUAUCAGAAAAUUCAUCCGAUCUAAGGUGGACUCUGUAAAAGGACAGUUUGGUUUUCUGAAUUAUGAGAAAGAAGAUGGAAAGAAGUUGUUUUUCCAUAUGACAGAAGUACAUGAUGGAGUUGAGAUACAGCCCGGAGAUGAGGUUGAAUUUGUUGUUGUACAGAAUCAGAGGAACGGAAAAUACUCUGCCUGCAGUCUUAGAAAGAUAACAGAUCGCAGGAGACCAGAAAGACUUGUUAGUAGGUUAAAGAGCGUAACAGAAGACCUGUCUAGUGUUCGCAUUGUUGUCAUUCGUCAGCCUAAAGGUCCAGACGGCACCAAAGGGUUCACACAGACCCGUGUUCCAUGGACUCCACCAGCUUGAACAUUCUCUCGGCUAUAAUAACAAAUUGUCAAGCAUUCUUCAGCUUCAAUACAGCAUUUUAUAUAUAUCGUCAAAUUGACAGGCUUUAACUGUUUAUAGUGAAAAAAAUUGUAAAAAAAGUCAGAGGUUUUAAUCACAAAUGUUACUUGUUAGUGUGCACUUGUUUUUAUUUUACACCUUAAAGUGAAAGAAAUUUUACAUAGGAUCAGAAGCUUGAUAAUAAAUCCAAUUUCAUUUGACCCCCAUUGUGAAAGCAGGACCAAGGUUAAGUCAUUUGUAUGCAAUGAAAAAUAAUGAAAAAUGUCCCCCAUACCCAUAAAAUUUCCUUUUUUACCAGGCUUUUGUUUGUAGCAAGCAAUGAACAUUUAAAAAAGGAAUGGAAAUUCUGAAUUUUGGUAAAAUAUUUAGAUAAGAUCAUUUAUAAAAAUGAAAGGGGUCCAAAUAUGGACCCCUGUGUAAAAUCAAAAUCCAAACCUAGCCGAUGAAACAUACUUAUUUACAAAUUCUUUUUUUAAGAGUCUACUGUGUGCCAGUAUAUUACAAAAUGUGAUAUUUAUAUUUAUAUUUACAUAUUAAAAAAUGGGAAGAAAAUAAAAGAAUUUUCUUCAACCCCAGACAUAUAUUUCCUCAUACAAACAUGUCAUAUUUGUAAUAUUAGUUUGUAAAAGGGUGGUAAAGUGAUGAAGCCAAAAUCUGUUUAGUUUGGUGUAUAAAGAAUAUAUUUUGACAUUUUUUUUCCAUGCCAGAAUAGAAGGCUAAUUUAUUCUAACCAGAAAUAAGAACUAAUCAAUGGCCUUACAAAAAAAAGUGUUUUAACUCUUAUGCUGGAAAUUCAUAAAAAUAGAUCAAAUUGAUUGGUUUUGAAAAAUAAUGCAUUGAAUUUAUUAAAAGAGAGAAACAUCUUUCAUUGAACAUCAUUAAUCUUAUAAACAUGAUAACAGUAAUAGUUGAAAGGUAUACCCACAUCUGUUUAAAGAUAUGUUCAUUGGUUUUAGUAUUCAAGGUAUGUUUUAUAAUCUGUUGAUAUGCCUAGAUAAACAUAUUAAUUUUGUAUUGUUUAUUUCACAGUAUAUAUAUUUAUUUUAGGGAAGCAUUGUUUCUAAAACAUUUUUCAUUUUUGAUAUGUAAAUUUAAUUUUCAUCUUCAGUGAUCAUAGUUUUUGAUGAGUUCAAGUUUUUCAGUUGACAAGUUACUUAAGUACAUAUGUUUUGCCCUAGAAUGAAACAUAUUUAUUGCUCAAAAAUAUGCCAAGCUCAAAUUCAUGUCUGUUGAAUGCACUGUGAUAAAAUUUUUUUCUUCAUUUUUUUUAUUUCUACAUAUAAAUAUUUAAAAAAAUGUAACAGAUUUUAAAAAAUUGAAUUUAACAAGAUUUAAGUUGGAAUUAUUUCACUGUUCAGUUUCUUAAUUAUCUAAUAGUUUAUUUUUCGGACAAUACAACUUAAGUUAAAAAUAUUCCUGUUGUCUACAUUCUGUUAGCAUUCAUUUUUUUAUGAAUUAUCUCCCUUUAAUAACUUUCAAUGUUUUUAUAACAGUUUAUGUAUUUAAUUAAGUGUGAACUGCCUUUACCAUCCUUUUACAUUUGUAAAACAAGUCACAAGUUGAUAGCUUGAUGAAUAUUGAUGUAAAUUAAAGAGAUGUAAACAUUAUUUCAAGUCAAGAGCCGAUGGAAGUUGUUUCAAAUGGUUGAUUCCAUUGAACUAUGAAACGAAAUAAAAAAAAGAUAAAACCAUA